UCGACUUCAUCGACUUGCCGGCCACCCCUGCCGGCUACAACUCCGACUUUCGCGAGGUCUACGCGCACUGCGUGCCCGGAGCUCGAGUCCGUCAGACCCGCAGUCCGCCGAUGUCGUCUGCUGACCCGCCGUCGAGCCGACCAACCCACCUCCCGAAUGCUGUCGUCACGUCGAUGGGGGCGACGCCUCCGUUCGGCGAAGGCUACGCCGACGGCGAGGGCGCAGACGGCUCGACAGGGUCCGACCUCGAGUCCCGGCGGCAGACGAGGCUGCCCAACUACUGCCUGGCCGACGGGCUCUGGCAUUUGGCGACCAAAGGGCACUGCGAA